AAAGGUUUGUUUUGUGUUCGAGUGUUCUUCAAUAAGAACUGAACAGAUUUAGAAACCAUGCAACAGUCAUUGACAAUAAGACGAACAGUCAAUGCUUCACAAAAACCGAAAACAAAGUUUCAUUUGCAAAUUGUUAUGUAGCGUUUUGUUCAUAACUGGAGCCGCUUGCGCGAAUAUUGAUAGCGUUGUCCAUUGGAUUGUGAAUUUUUCAAACGUAUUCAAGGUGGUUGUGUUUUCUUUACAAUAACGAAACUUUGUAAUAUUGGAAAUAAUAUUUUAUUGUUUGUCCAGUUGAAAUUGCAGAUUUUUUCUUAUUAACUAAUUGAAACAUUCAAAAAAUAUUCGUAUCCAGUAUAGAUAGCGGUAUUCGACCUUUAUAUAACCGUCCAAAGUAUGUAUUAUAGGUAGAAGCCUAGAAGUCAUUUUUUGCAAUUUUUGUUUGACAACAUGUUUUCCAAAAGUAUCUUUUGAAAAGAUUUGAUUAACACACAGUUUUUAGCUGAGAAAAUUCCCUUCAGGAAUCUGAGAACUAUAAGUUCCUUUCCAAGUACACUCACCUAAAGAGAACUGAACAGAAGUUAAUUUUCUUUAUAAAGAAUAUACCUGUAUUUUAUGCCAUUGCCUAAACCUGCAUGAAUACGGAAUCAAAACGGAGAAACAAAGUCAUGAAUUGGCAAUACCCAUUUUUUAUGAAGAAAGGAACAACUGACGGAAGAAUAGCAGCUCCAGAUCAAAGUUAUAAGCAACCCUGUUAUACUAAACAACUCAAAUUAUCAAAUACUAAAAUAAUGUUAUCGUUAUGACCAUAGGGUGACCAUAGGGUAAACAUAGGGUGACCAUAGGGUGAACAUAGGGUGACCAUAGGGUGAACUCAUUAAAACACAUAAAACACUCAAGCGCUGCAACGUUCAGGGAAAAUCGUUGGCAUUAUAACACAGGAACAACAACAGAUGGUAUAAACACAAAUGCCCUCCAUAAGACUUACUUUGUCGUUGAAGAAGAUGUAGUUGCCUUGGUGACCGAAAGAGUUCUACGAAUGGAGAAAAUCUGACGAAAAAAAUGCUCGUAUUUAAACCACGUUCAUACGAAGUUAGCACAUAAUUAAAGUGGAAGCUUUAUUACAUUGGAAAUUCAAUCGUGUUCAAGCAUGUUAUUAUUGUCAUCGACUGUCAAAAUCUUCAAGAAUGUCCAAUCAAGAAUGUCCAAAAUUUUUAGAGGAAUUUUUAAUAAGUACGUGCAAAAUGUCGGUUUUAGUAAUAGUGGAUUCAGCAAACAGAGAAAGAAAAAAGAAAAUCUGGACAAUAACAAAGUUCAUCAAGACAACUGAUUUUCUUUGCACGUGUUGCAAGAAAUUCACUGAGAAAUUGAAAAGCACUCUUUUUCUACAAUCAGUAAAUUCAUGAUAAAGAAUCCUAAACCUUGGCUAAUUUCGCAGAAACUAUUUGACCAUCCACAACAUCACGAUCUUACCUGAAAGCUGUGAGGCAAAAGUGCAGACUGAAGUCAUCCAUAUUAAAGCAACUGCUCUUUCAUAUGCUUUUCCAGAGGAAGAAAGAAAUUUGGACGCUUGUUGCGCCGCUAUGUUGAACAAUCUGAUCAGGCUCCCAAAUAGACAAGGUGAAAAAUGGUUCUUACCGUUGAUGAGGUGUUUCAAGCAGUUGGCGACUAUCAUAAGUUCCAAUGGUUGAUGCUUGCUAUUAUUGGUUACACUAACUUUGCAGUUGGUGCAAUUCCUAGUUUGAUUGUAACAUUCAUCACUGCAGAGCCAAAUUGGCAAUGUGUGAAAGGAUAUAACAGUUCAAUCUGUAAUUUUAACGAAUCCAUUGGCUUGACCAGUAAACAUUAUAAAGACAGAUGUGACAUGCCAAGAGAGGCAUGGACGUAUGUAGAAGGCUUUACAUCUACUGUGACAGAGUAUGAUUUGGUGUGUGAUAAGUCCAUUCUUCAAUCAGUUGCGCAAUCAUGUUAUUGGGUUGGAGCACUUCUUGGCUUAUUACUUGGUGGUUAUCUCUCUGAUAAAUUUGGUCGGAGAAAGAUUUUUAUUUGUGGAAUUGUUUCUGUAACUGUUGCAACAUGGAUCAUGAUUUUUCCAAAGUCUUUUGAAUUGUUCAUUAUUUGUCGGGUCUUUAUAGGAAUAGGUUCAGGUUUUUACAAUGCCACCUAUCUUAUCUUGCUCAUGGAGUUUACAACAGCAAAACAUCGAGCUAAGAUUGGCGCUUAUUCGUUCUUUUUCUGGGCAGCUGCCUUAUUGGUGCUUGCUUUGGUUGGAUACCUUGUUCCUGACUGGAGAUAUUUUCUCUUGGUCACCGCCUGCUUGGCUCUACCAUGUUUGUUUAUUUCUUGGUUUGUCCCGGAAAGCAUUCGAUGGUUACAACUUCAUGGCAAAGAUGACGUGGUUAGAAAACAACUAGAAAAAGUUGCUCACAUGAAUAGGAAAGAAAUGCCAAGUGAAGAUGUCAAAAUUAAUGAAAGCAUCAAGCAGUCUGGAAGCUAUAAGCAUCUCUUAUUAAGUUGGCAUUUUGCUAAAACCUUACUUAUUACCUGGAAUAUAUGGUUUGCCACUGCCUUAGUUUACUAUGGAAUUUCCUACAGCUCCGUUGACAUUGGUGGAAACAGAUAUCUAAAUUUUGCUUUAACAAGCAUUGUCGAACUACCAUCCUUCAUAUUGUGCAUGGUCAUUGCUAACAAGUAUUUUUUAAAAAGAUGUUUAUCCAACUGCCUGCAAAUUGUCAAGCUUGGGACUUUGUCAAGACUUAUUUACCAUAUUGUCCCUUAUGAUACAAAAAAAAAGAUUUUAUCGUUUCCUCUUAUUUAUGUAAAAUUGAAAGUGAAAAUACCAUUUAAAAUUGUAUUUUACUCGUUGAAAUUGAACUUUGAAAUGAACUUUUGCCGUUUAAAACAGAUCUUGUAUUAUUUUAGGUAUGGUCGAAAGAAAAUUGUGGUUAUUGGUCUGAUUGUGGCAUUUUUGGCAUCUAUCAGUUCGGUGUUUGUAGCAUAUGAUUGUUUGAAUGAUGUUAAGACUGCUGCAAGAAUUAUUUUGACGCUUUUGGCAAAAUUUUUCAUAAGCAUGUCAUUUUCUGGAAUUUAUAUUUGGAGUGCAGAAUUGUUCCCGACAUGCAUCAGAACAAUGGCUUAUGGAACAUCUUCAGGUGCAGGAAGAUUUGGAUCGUUUGCCUCGAGUUACAUCGUGUGGUUGAUUCGUGUUCAUUCCAUGCUUCCAUAUGGGAUUAUGGGUAUAAUUUGUCUCCAAGCAGCCAUUACAGCUUUGUUUCUGACCGAGACAAAAGGAAAACCAACAUUAGAAACACUUGAUGACAUGUUACAAGAGAGCACAAAGGAAGUGCAAUCAAUUGCUUUGAUUGAAAGAACUGAUUGUGUUCAAGACCAUUCUUAAUUGAUCAGCUAAAACCGUUAAGUGUAUUUUUUCAUCCUAAGAUAGCAAUACAAUUUAGACUUGUGGA